CAUGGCGGCGGCAGCCAGCAGCAACAAUGGGAAGAUCUCAGGAAGCAGGCUAGACAGCUGGAGAAUGAGCUUGAUCUGAAGUUGGUCUCCUUCAGCAAACUGUGCACAAGCUACAGUCACAGCAGCACCCGAGAGGGAAGACGCGACAGUUCUGAUACAACUCCUCUCUUAAAUGGGUCAAGCCAAGACAGAAUGUUUGAAACCAUGGCGGUGGAGAUUGAACAACUUCUGGGAAGGCUUACUGGAAUAAAUGACAAAAUGGCAGAGUACACCAACAGCACGGGAGUCCCAUCCCUGAAUGCAGCACUGAUGCACACGUUACAGCGUCACAGAGACAUAUUGCAGGAUUACACACAUGAAUUCCAUAAAACCAAAACCAACUUUCUGGCAGUACGGGAAAGGGAAAAUCUCUUGGGAUCAGUACGGAAAGAUAUUGAGUCGUAUAAAAGUGGGUCCAGUGUGAACAAUAGAAGAACAGAGCUGUUCCUGAAAGAACAUGAGCACCUUCGAAAGUAGGUUUUCUUAAAUAUGUUGGGGAGCCGUUCU